AUGUCUGUUAUGCUCACGAAGUUCGAGUCCAAGAGCAACCGCGUCAAGGGGCUUGCUUUCCAUCCGACCCAACCUCUACUCGCUGCCUCUCUACACAACGGUAGUGUGCAGUUAUGGAACUAUCGCAUGGGGGUCUUAGUGGAUAGAUUCGAGGAGCAUGAAGGCCCCGUCCGCGGCGUCGCAAUUCAUCCGAGCCGACCACUCUUGGCGACCGGAGGCGACGACUACAAAAUCAAAGUCUGGGAUCUCAAACCGCAGAGCAGAAGAUGUCUUUUCACUCUGCAUGGCCAUCUUGACUAUAUCCGCACAGUCCAGUUCCAUCACGAAAUGCCAUGGAUCAUAUCCUCGUCCGACGACCAAACAAUCCGUAUAUGGAACAGCACUUCUCGCAACUGCAUCGCCAUCCUGACCGGGCACUCGCAUUAUGUGAUGUCCGCCCUUUUUCACCCGAAAGAAGACCUUGUCGUAUCUGCGUCGAUGGAUCAGACUGUACGUGUCUGGGAUAUAUCUGGCUUGCGCAAGAGCACCCCGAACACGGCGCCCGGUACUUUCGACACUUUCGACACUUUCUCGACUGUGAAGUAUGUUCUUGAGGGUCAUGACCGCGGAGUCAACUAUGCCAUGUUCCACCCCACUCUCCCCUUGAUCAUAUCCGCCGCGGAUGAUAGGCAGAUCAAGCUCUGGAGAAUGAGCGAGACGAAAGCCUGGGAAGUUGACGCGUGCCGGGGUCAUUUCAACAAUGUUUCCAACGCAGUUUUCCAUCCGAAGCAUGAGCUCAUUGUUUCUUGUGGAGAGGACAAGACUGUCAGGGUCUGGGAUCUGGCUAAGAGGUCGGCGGUACAAACCUUCCGCAGGGAACAUGACCGCUUCUGGGUGCUGGCCGCCCAUCCAGAGCUCAAUCUCUUCGCUGCUGGACACGAUAAUGGUCUCAUCGUCUUCAAAUUGGAGCGCGAACGCCCCGCAUUCUCACUCCACGGCGACAUGGUAUACUACGUCCGAGAUAAAUACGUCCGCUCGUAUGAUAUCAACACCGGUGCAGACAUUGGUCUGCUCAGCGUGCGGAAAUUUGGCAGCCCAUACGUGCCUCCCCGCACUCUAAGCUUCAAUCCUGCCGAGCGCUCCGUCAUCCUUACUAUCUCAUCCGACAACGGUAUCUUUGAGCUCGCGGGAUUGCCGAAGGACGCCGUCGGUGAGGUUAAGGAUUCGUCAGUGGACGGGAAGAGAGGCACAGGACAAAGCGCCAUUUUCGUUGCUAGGAAUAGGUUCGCCAUAUUAAACAAGACGACUCAGCUCAUUGAAGUCCGCGAUCUUUCGAAUUCCAUUGUCAAAAGCAUCAAACCGCCUGUUCAGACGAAUGAAAUCUUUUAUGGAGGAACUGCCAGCCUAAUUCUCAGCUCUACCAGCUCGGUGGUUCUCUAUGAUAUCCAGCAGCAAAGGACGAUUGCGGAAAUCAACAGCCCUCCCGUGAAAUACGUUGUUUGGAGUGCUGAUGGCGCACAAGUCGCCUUGUUAAGCAAGCACACGAUCACUAUUGCAAGCAAGAACUUCGCUGCGAACACACUGAUCCAUGAGACUAUCCGCAUUAAGUCCGGCGCUUGGGACGAUGCCGGCGUUUUCGUCUACUCGACGCUGAAUCACGUCAAAUACUGUCUGCCGCAAGGUGACCAUGGCGUUAUCUGCACGCUUGAUAAUCCCGUCUACCUGACUCGCGUCAAGGGGAAGACAGUACAUUGCUUGGACCGUUCAGCACGACCUCGCACGAUCACCAUCGACCCAACGGAAUACCGAUUCAAACUUGCGUUGAUUCGCAAUAACUACGAUGAAGUGCUGCACCUUAUCCGAACAUCAAACUUACUGGGCCAAAGUAUAAUAGCUUAUCUCCAGCAGAAGGGCUUCCCAGAGAUCGCUCUUCACUUCGUUGAAGACAAAAAUACCCGGUUUGACCUUGCUAUCGAAUGUGGCAACCUGGACGUCGCGCUUGAAACCGCUAAAGCUAUAGACCGCCCCGAGUGCUGGAACCGCUUAGCACAGCAAGCUCUCAAACAGGGCAAUCACCAGGCAAGCCCUAUUGUGGAGAAAGCAUACCAACAGACCAAAAACUUUGACCGUCUGUCGUUCUUGUACCUCGCAACCGGCAGCACGGACAAGCUGUCCAAAAUGCAAAAGAUUGCAGAUGCUCGGGGGGACCCCAUGUCCAGGUUCCACAACGCGUUGUAUGCAGGUGACGUUCCAGGGCGCAUUGCCAUCCUUCGUGAAGUCGGCAUGUAUCCCCUUGCUUAUCUUACCGCGAAGACCAACGGGCUCGAAGAGAUCGCAGUGGAGAUUCUUGAGGACGCUGGUCUCACAGAGGCAGAUGUGGAUGACGUACCCAACUUCGGCCGGUCUACCUUGAAGCUUCCUCAAGUCGUAACGCACACUACGAAGCUCAAUUGGCCGUCAGUACCAGGUGGUGCCAGCUUCUUCGAUCGUGCACUAGCCAACGGCAAUCUCGAAGCGGGGACAGCGCCGUACACCAACGGUGUCGAUAAUGUGGCUGGCGCUUCUUCGGCUCUGGAUGACUGGGCGAAGGAUGAAGAGGAUGUGGAUGUCGUCGCGGAUGAGGAUGGGUGGGACCUUGAUGCUGGCGCAGAUGCCCAUGCAGAAGAGGUAGAGAAGGAGGAACUUCUUGAAGAAGAGGAGUUGGGCGCGGGCGCGACGCCUGGCGUGAGUGAGACGGAAAUCUGGACGCGCAAUUCACCAUUUGCGGCAGACCAUGUCGCAGCUGGAUCUUUUGAGUCCGCGAUGCAGUUACUUAACCGCCAACUCGGAGUCGUCAAUUUCGAGUUGCUUAAGCCAUUAUUCCUCUCUGUUUACCGCUCGUCGCACACAUACAUUUCGCCAUUUGCGUCGCUUCCUCCGCUCCAUAUACACCUGCGCCGCAACCCUGCAGAAUCAUCCAUGACACGCGUCCUGCCUGUCGCUGUCCUGACGCUGCGUCAGAUUCGCUCAGAGCUUUCGGAAGGUUUCCGUGCCGUCCUCGGUAACAAGCUUUCCGACGCCCAACAGACGUUCCGCUCCGUCCUACAAUCCUUGCUGUUUGUCGUCGUUUCGUCACAUGAUGAGGCUAAAGAGUGGCGAGAUACUGUUACGAUCGCACGGGAGUACCUGCUUGGUGUAUCUCUCGAACUCGAGCGUCGUCGCAUUGCCCAAGAGGAACCGGACAAUGUUCGCCGGAGCCUGGAACUGGCCGCGUACUUCGCGCACUGCAAUCUGCAGCCACCACACAUGCAGAUCGCGCUCCGGAGCGCGAUUCAAGUGUUCACGCGCGCAAACAACACCGCCACCGCAGCCAAGUUCGCGCGACGACUCUUGGACCUCAAUCCCGACCCCAAAAUUGUCGCCCAGGCCCGACAGCGCAUCGCGGCGGGCGAACGGAACCCGCGUGACGCUGUGGAGAUCACGUAUGACGAGUUCACGGAGUUCGAGGUGUGCGGUGCGAGCUACACUCCGAUCUACAAGGGUUCAUCGUCCGUGCGCUGCCCAUACACGCACGCGGCGUUCUUGCCCGAAUUUAAGGGCACGCUCGAUCCCCUCACGAGGCUAACGGAGAUCGGCGCGGCUGCGUCGGGGCUGCCUGCACCACGGUAAAUUAAGCUAGCACACGGCGCGACUGACAGACGCGGAUGUGGAUUCUGUAGCAUGGUGUGUUUGAAGGACGUUUAAAGUGCAACGAUUAUUCUUUUCUUUUUCUUCUC